UUGUAGACCUGUGUUAGUCACGCAUUUCCAUUGCAUCACAAAAGUAAAAGCAAAACUUUAAAUAAACCUACGCAUGACACGAAAAGGGACAUUUAAUUAAACGUAUUGUUUUGGUAAGACAAAUCUUUAAUAUCGGCUGGAGGUUUCGGCGGUUUUUGCUGACACUGACCGUUAUAAACAGCAAAGCUAUGGCUAUCCGGAGCUUUAGCGUUGCGGGUUCACUCAGGCCUGGCUAUGCUCUGCAGAAUACAAUACAAAGGCCUUAUAAGACCACCGAGAGCAAGACAAGUAGGCACAGGCCACCUGGAGAAAGGUUUACUACUUCUUACAGAGCGGAUUACCGCAACUGGGCGACUCCAAAACCGGAAUCCUUAAAACCACCUGACAACCUGACGCGGAGCGACGCCAAGUUCCAGGCCAUCACUUCCUACCAGGCCGACUACGGCUACAAGACCUCCGCGGAUCCCCCGGCACCCGAGGGCCUGCCCUUACAGAGUGCCGUCCCCUACGCCCUGCAGUACAUGUCAAAGCCAGCCCAGCCGUCCAAAUCGCAGGGGGCUAUCUAUGCCCCCAACGCCAGUGCCCAAUUUGGUGGGGACGUGGGCUCCGCCCCCAGGAGGCAGAGGGGGGAGGAGCCCAGCUCAGUCCUGCCCACAAAAGCCGCGAGGGAGGCGGCCGGCGUCGGUGCCCGCCACAUUUUCGCCCACUCCACCGAGUACAAGGACAACUACAGGGCGUGGCCCACGUCACCUGUCUACCAGUGUGCGUACCCUUCCUACGACCCCCCCAAGGGGACCAUGCAGUUCGUCACCUCCUAUGCUUGGGACUACCGGCCCUGGGGGGAUCAGACACGCCCCAACAUCCUUCAGCGGGAGCAGUUCCUCAGGCCGCAGGGCUCCUUCCAGCACACGACCACCUACCUGGCGGACUACACAUCCAAGGUGGCCACGCCCAGCCGCACCAGGCUGGCACAGAGGCGAUAA